ACAAAAAAUUUCACAUGUUUUUUUCUGAUUUCCCGGUAAUUUAUUUCAGAUUUAUUUGCUUUGAAUUCAAGUUUAAAUUUGAUAAGAAAACCUAGUUUAUGAAUACCAAAUGCAAUUGGAAAAGCAUGAUACAUUCCCAACAAAACAAAUUAUUGUGAAGUUAGUCGAAGAAGCACUGCAUCAAUACGCACGAAACACAAGCGCCCUGGAGAUAGGGUCAAGUGUAGACGUACACACAAACCAUUUGUUGCUCCAACUCAAGGCACUUUUGGGUGAUAUACUUGUGGAGGCAUUGUGCAUUUUGGAUGAGCAAAGCCUGCAUUUGUACACCUUCGAAAGUUGUGCAAUAGCCGAGCUACAGAUCAAACACCAACAGUACAAAAGCUCGAUUUGGUUGUUUCCUGGUGUGAAUUAUUGCAAUUGUAAGCAGUUCAACGAGCGUGUAUUGGGUUUAACGAGUGAGUUGGAGCCCACAAAUUCAACACCACAAAGUGUAAACGCGCCAAGAAGUUUUACUUGUGCACAUGUAAUAGCCUUGCGGUUGGCGCAGCUCUUACGUCCAACGCCAAGUACUUACAAAGUGGAAGCUGUGACGGAACAACAAUUUAACAAUUUGAAAGAUCGUAUGGGUAGCAGUUAUUUAGAAAUAUUUAAGGAAAUCUUGGAUUGACAACUAACGAAUGCAACAUUCAAAAACACUCUAUAAGAAGGGACUCUUAAAGAAUCUGAAAAUGUUAACUCAAAGACAAUAUUCGAAUUUCAAAUUUGUAGCGCGUUUGGAUCAGAUCAAGACAUUUUACACUGGCAUAAAAGCUUUAAAUUUUGAAAAUAAUGGGAAAUUUCAAAUAAGUGAAGAAGGCCUACGUGUCACCGUGGAGGAGGGUAAUUGUGUGCAAGCUAAUCUGUAUAUGACUGCAUCAUGUUUCGCCGAGUUUCACGUAGUCGACACGGUGACUUUUGGUCUAAAUAUGAACAUCAUCUCCGAGUGUUUGGGGCUUUUCACCGGCAUACCAUGUAGCUUGAAAAUGUUCUACAAAGGCAACGGUGCACCAUUGGUGCUGGUGCUGCGUCCAAACGAUGAAACUGAUAUAUCAGCAGAAUGUUCCAUUAAAACUACCAAUGUCGAUGAAGUAAUCGAUUAUAAUCUCGAUGAAGAUAGCGCUAGUUUAAAUGUUGUAUUUGUGCGUGGACCGUCACUUGCGAAUCUUAUACAAGAAUUAAAUAAAGCUGCCGAUGAGUUGCGUAUAACUUUAUCACCACGUACGCCACAUUUUAAAAUCGAAACAUUGGGUGUUGUGAAAACUGAGACGUUUGUUGAAGUGGCCAAAACAAGUGAUAUGAUCAUGUUAUUCAAUUGUCGCGAGACCACGUCGGCGUGUUAUCGCAACACAGAAAUGCGUUUAACACACAAAGCGCUCGCCGCUGCCACCAAAGUUGCGAUCAAAACGGAUUCAAGUGGUUUGCUCGAAAUGCACUUUAUGAUGCAAUCCGAAGAAUCGUCAGAGGUGUAUGUACAAUUUUAUAUAAUGCCGUUGGCGGAUAUAUAAACAUUACUUUUUUCUUUAUAAUUAUUAUGUUAAAAAUUUCUGUGAAAUUCUAAAAGCAUAAUAAACAGUUAUUCUAAGUAAA